AUGCUGCGGGACGCGGACAUAGAUUCCCUGAACAAUCACGUCUCAUCCCUAUCCCGGGAAAACGAACAGCACCAUGCCAGCCUCCAAAAUUUGCUCACCCAGUUUCGGAGCUUGCUGGAUGAUUAUAGUGCUUUGAAGAGCGAUUACGAGGAAGUUAAGGAUGGCAGGGAGAAGUACAAGAAGCAGGCCCGCGGUCAGGAGCGCAAUCCGUUUGUGCUAGUUCUUGUUGAUGGCGAUGGUUACCAUUUCAAAGAACACUUCGUCAAGGCCGGCAGUGAAGGCGGAAUUAAUGCGGCUCGUGAGCUGAGUGACUCGAUCAAGGAACUCAUGCAUUCGACAAUGGGAGCUCAGGCAGACCAGUGCCGGAUUAUGGUUCGCGUCUACGCCAAUCUGCUCGGAUUGUCCAAAGCCUUCGCUCGCGCUGGGCUGUCGGGGCAUGAGGCUCGAUCCCUGUCUCCGUUCUGCGCUGCGUUCACGCGAGCACAGGAUCUAUUUGACUUUGUAGAUGCUGCGGAAAAGAAGGAAGGAAGUGAUUUCAAGAUCCGGGAAAUGUUUCGACUCUUCGCAGAUCUCAACCAAUGUCGGCAUAUUUAUUUUGCGGGAUGUCAUGACACUGGAUACGGCUCUCUAUUGACUCCCCAUAGGGGCAGCGACCGUAUCACCCUUAUCAAAGCUGCCUCGUUCCAUCGCGACUUUGAAUCUCUAGGCCUUCCCAUCAGGGAGUUGCCCUCUGUAUUCACCUCAGCUCCUCUAGCCAAUACCAACGGCAGCAUUAAACCGACUGCCUUAAUCAAUGGCAAACCCAAGCUUGUCCCGACUGCUUCGACGGUUAAGCUGGUCUGUAAACACUUUCAGAAAGGGAUCUGCAAGUUUGGCAAUGGUUGCAACAAACAGCACAUCAUGCCCGACCAACAGUUGUCUCAUCCUCACGAAGAAGAGAAAAAUGCCUCUAAGCAGCUAUGGUCCGCCCCAUCGGUUGUCGGUCGCUCUGAAGAAUUUUUUGAAACCACGCUACCUCUCUCAGGCCUCAAGUCGAAGGAGUUCAUUCCCGUGAAUAAAGACGGAGACCGCAUCGACACUUAUUGCCCUCCUCCAAGCCAGGAAGCGUUUGACGAAUACCACCACCGGGCCAAGCUCCACAAAGUCUGCAACAGCUAUCAUCUUUCAGGAAAACCUGGCUGUAAGGCUGUGAAGAGCUGGCAAUGCCGCUUCAAUCAACGUGGCCACACUCUUAAUCUGCAGGUCGCUCAGUGGGUCACGCCUAUCGAACAUCCUGACAUGGAGCCAUUCUCCCCCAGCGGCAGCUCUGCCGGAGACACCUCCCCCAGCACUAUCUACUUUGGCUAA